AUGGUAUUCUGCGCGGCGUUCGAUUGUAACAACGACUCGAGGUACACAACUGGUAUAUCCUACCAUUGCUUUCCGAGGGAUGAAGCUCUACGAUCACAGUGGCUGGCAAAGAUCUCACGAGCGGAUCUGGUCGUUUCGAAAAACUCCAGGCUGUGCUCAGAACAUUUUACACCUGACUGCUACGAACGAGACUUGAAAGCAGAAAUUCUUGGUUUGAAACCCAGAUCUACGCUAAAACCAGGUGCAAUACCCACGGUUUUUUCGCAUCGGAGACCAUCAAAAAGACCUCGACUUUCAUCGGAGAAACGUUCAGAAGAGAAAGUCAGGAAAGAAUAUAUAGCCUCUGUAACUGCACAAUCUAGUUGUAGAAUCGAAGAACAUGCAGCUUCAGCUUUAGAACAGCCUACACCUGUUGAUGUAGUGAAUUGUGGAGCAAGUACAUCAACCUCAGACAGCCCAUCAUAUCCAUUCCCACAUUAUUUAGGGCCUAAAAGCACGUUGGUUGAGUCACAAGCAGUGCAGGUGAAUUUUCCAAACAAGGGUGUGGAUUUUGGGAUCCAAGUCAAUCGUGGUCUCCAUUUAAUGAUGAAAUCUACUGACACCCAAGUCGAGGUUGAUGUUCCAGAAAGCAGCACCCAGACUGAAGAGGUAUUCCUUCCUGAAAUUGAAGAUAACAAGGAAGAAGCAACUGAAGCUGCUGCUUCCCCAGAAGUCUCUCCAAGAAAAGAUGACAUCUGCCUUCCCACAAAACAGGAAGAUUCAGAUGAUUAA